AUGUCCUCUCUACUGUUCGUCUUUUUCCUCAUUUGCUAUGCUACCGCUGACAAAAUCGAGGAAUCGAAUUCAGAUGGAUAUCAGUUAUUCACAUGGAAAUGGGACGAUGUUCACCAUGUUUAUGUCAUUACGGUAUGGCUCCUCAUCGCCUCGCUAGCUAAAAUUUUAUUCAACUUAAUGAAACCAAUUUCAAAAUGGCUACCAGAUUCCUCACUUCUUAUCAUUGUCGGUUUGGCACUCGGAUGGGUACUCCAUCAGACAACAUUGAGUGGAGCUACAUUAGACUCUCAUACUUUCUUCCUUUAUCUUCUUCCACCUAUCAUUUUCGACGCGGGUUACUUUAUGCCAAAUAGAGCUUUAUUCGAAAACUUCGACUCAGUUCUUGUGUUCUCAGUGUUUGGUACCAUUUGGAAUACAUUUGCCAUUGGUGGAUCACUUCUUCUUAUGGCUCAAUACGAUCUCUUUACAAUGUCUUUCACUACAUUUGAGAUACUCGUUUUCUCUGCGCUUAUUUCUGCAGUUGAUCCUGUUGCUGUUAUUGCAGUUUUUGAGGAAAUUCAUGUCAAUGAAUUCCUUUUCAUCAAUGUAUUCGGAGAAGCACUAUUUAAUGAUGGUGUUACUGUGGUUUUAUACCAAAUGUUCAAGAGCUUCGCAUUAAUUGGAUCUGAGAAUUUAUCAGUUUUGGAUUAUGCAACUGGGGGAUUAUCAUUCUUUGUUGUUGCUUUGGGUGGAGCUGCAGUUGGAGUCAUUUUUGCAAUUGCAGCAAGUUUGACAACAAAAUACACAUACGAUGUCAGAAUUCUUGCACCUGUGUUCAUCUUUGUGCUACCAUACAUGGCAUAUCUAACUGCUGAGAUGGUUUCACUUUCUUCGAUCAUCGCAAUCGCAAUAUGCGGAAUGCUAAUGAAACAAUAUAUCAAAGGAAACAUUACCCAAGCAGCUGCAAAUUCUGUGAAAUACUUUACCAAAAUGCUUGCUCAAUGCUCCGAAACUGUAAUUUUCAUGUUCCUUGGUCUAUCCACAAUUUCAUCUCAACAUCAUUUCGAUCUAUGGUUCAUCUGUGCCACUCUUUUCUUCUGUUUGAUCUACCGUGCCAUCGGAAUCGUUGUUCAAUGCUACAUUUUGAAUCGCUUCCGUGCCAAAAAAUUCGAAGUUGUUGAUCAAUUCAUUAUGUCUUAUGGUGGCCUUCGUGGAGCCAUUGCAUAUGGUCUUGUGGUUUCCAUUCCCGCAUCAAUAACUGCUAAACCAAUGUUCAUCACAGCCACAAUUGCAGUCAUCUACUUUACAGUAUUCCUUCAAGGAAUCACUAUUAAACCAUUAGUAAACUUGUUGAAAGUGAAGAGAAAGGAGGAGAGAGAUCCAACAAUGGUUGAAAGUGUUUACAACAAGUACUUGGACUAUAUGAUGUCAGGUGUUGAAGAUAUUGCCGGUCAGAAAGGACAUUAUACUUUUAUUGAAAAUUUUGAAAGAUUCAAUGCAAAAGUUAUCAAACCUGUUUUGAUGAGACAUCAAAAAAGAGAAAGCUUUGAUGCUUCUUCAAUUGUUCGUGCUUACGAGAAAAUUACACUUGAAGAUGCGAUCAAGUUGGCAAAAGUUAAGAAUACUAUCCAGAAUAAGAGACUAGAAAGAAUAAAGAGUGAGAACAAGGUAGCACCAAUUCUCCCGGAUAAAAUUUCGAAUCAAACAACGAUGACACCUAAAGAUCUCCAAUUGAAAAAGUUCAUGGAAUCUGGGGAGAACAUCGAUUCCUUGUACACUUUGUUCAGUGAUUUGUUGGAUAGGAAGCUACAUGAAAUGAACACAACGCCAGCUCAAAAGAAGGAAGUUGAGGGUGAAGACGAUAUUCAGGAUGACUACAUGGCUGAAGUGGGAUCACGCUCAAACCUUUCGGCAAUGUUCCGAAGUGCUGAACAACUGCCAUCAGAAGCAGCAUUUCAUCGAGGAAGAAGACAAUCGACCGGAGAUUUGAAUGCAACGAAAAGAGCCGAUUUCGAUGUUUGA